AUGGAGUAUGGCAGUGGGUCCCAAUCCCCAGGGGAGCAUGAUGGUUCCGAUUCCGGGAGGAGGAGGAAGCGCUACCAUCGUCAUACUGCCAACCAGAUUCAGAGGCUUGAGUCAAUGUUCAAGGAGUGCCCCCAUCCAGAUGAGAAGCAGAGGUUGCAGUUAAGCAGGGAAUUGGGUCUGGCCCCGAGGCAGAUCAAAUUUUGGUUCCAGAACAGGAGGACUCAGAUGAAGGCCCAGCACGAAAGAGCUGAUAACUCUGCACUUCGAGCAGACAAUGACAAGAUACGUUGCGAGAACAUAGCCAUCAGGGAUGCCUUAAAAAAUGCUAUCUGCCCUUCUUGUGGUGUCCCUCCUAUCAGUCAGGACUCUUAUUUUGAUGACCAAAAGUUGCGCUUGGAGAAUGCCCACCUCAAGGAAGAGCUUGAUAGAGUAUCUAGCAUUGCCUCCAAGUAUAUUGGAAGACCAGUUUCCCAACUUCCUCCGGUUCAGCCUUUUCAUAUAUCGUCUCUCGACUUGUCUAUGGGGAGUUUUGGUAGCCAAGGGAUGAUUGGUCCUUCCCUUAAUCUUGAUCUUCUCCCAGGGAGUUCUUCAUCUCUGCCAAAUUUGCCUUAUCAACCUCCUUGCCUUUCAGACAUGGACAAGUCUCUAAUGCCAGACAUUGCUUCCAAUGCCAUGCAAGAAUUACUCAGGCUCUUGCGGACAAAUGAACCCUUGUGGAUCAAGUCAAGCACUGAUGGCAGAGAUACUCUUAAUUUUGAUACCUAUGAAAGAAUGUUCCCCAAGCCCAAUAGUCGCCCAAAGAAUCCUAACGUUCGCGUUGAAGCAUCCAGAGAUUCACGACUUGUAAUCAUGAAUAGCUUAACUUUAGCUGACAUGUUUAUGGACCCAAACAAGUGGAUGGAGCUUUUUCCCACUAUUGUCUCAGUGGCAAGAACUAUUCAAGUUAUAUCUCCUGGGAUAAUGGGUGGUUGCAAUGGUUCUUUGCAGUUGAUGUAUGAAGAGUUGCAAGUGCUUUCUCCGCUUGUUUCUACUCGAGAGUUCUACUUCCUGCGUUACUGUCAGCAAAUCGAGCAAGGCACAUGGGCAGUGGUAGAUGUUUCUUACGAUUUUCCCCAAGAUAAUCACUUUGCUCCUCAGUUUCGGUCUCAUCGUCGUCCUUCUGGUUGCUUGAUCCAGGACAUGCCUAAUGGGCAUUCCCAGAUAACUUGGGUUGAACACGUAGAGAUUGAAGAUAAAACUAUAGUGCAUCGACUUUAUAGAAAUCUUAUUUAUAGUGGGUUGGCAUUCGGAGCUGAAAAAUGGCUUGUUACUCUUCAGAGGAUGUGUGAAAGACUUGCUUGUCUAACGGUGACAGGCAAUCCUAGCCCGGAUCUUGGAGGAGUAAUUUCAUCUCCUGAGGGCAAGAGGAGCAUGAUGAAACUUGCUCAAAGGAUGGUCACCAAUUUCUGUGCCAGCAUUAGCACUUCAUCUGGCCAUAGAUGGACCACGCUCUCUGGGUUGAACGAGAUUGGAGUCAGAGUCACAGUCCAUAAGAGCAUAGAUCCUGGGCAACCUAAUGGCGUGGUGCUAAGUGCAGCCACUACCAUUUGGCUCCCCGUCCCUCCCCACACUGUGUUCAAUUUCUUCAAGGAUGAAAGAAAAAGACCUCAGUGGGAUGUUCUUUCCAACGGUAAUGCUGUGCAUGAGAUUGCCCACAUUGCAAAUGGUUCACACCCUGGUAACAGCAUAUCAGUUCUUCGAGCUUUCAACACCAGUCAGAACAACAUGUUAAUACUCCAAGAGAGCUGCAUAGAUUCCUCAGGUUCACUUGUGGUUUAUUGCCCAGUUGAUCUGCCAUCCAUAAACAUAGCAAUGAGUGGCGAAGACCCUUCAUACAUUCCCCUACUACCAUCUGGAUUUACCAUUUCGCCUGAUGGGCAGCAUGACCAGGAAGGAGAUGGAGCAUCAACCAGCUCAAACACAAACAGGAGCAUAGGGGGUUCACUAAUUACAGUUGCAUUCCAGAUUCUAGUGAGCAGCUUGCCAUCUGCCAAGCUUAACAUGGAGUCGGUCACAACCGUUAAUAAUCUCAUUGGCUCCACUGUCCACCAAAUAAAGGCUUCCUUGAAUUGUCCUAAUUCCUGA